AUGAAGGAAGAAGAUGAAGAGGAUUUUUAUAGCGAUGUGUUGCAACAGUCAUCCACAAAUCCCGAAGUUGAAUUAUUGAAAGAGGAAAUCGAGAAAUUGCAAUCUCAACUUGCACAAACAGAGAAACAAUUACAUGAAACACAAACAAAAUUAAAAGAGAAGGAAAAGGAAAACAAUCAAUUACGAGUAAAUAUCUCAAAACUUUACUACACUGCAAAACAGGAAAUUGAAAAACUCCAAUCACAAAGAGAAGAGAACAACAACAGUAAUCAACACACGAAAAAGCGCAAAAAGUAG